GGAAAAGAGGAGAGAAAAUAUAUGAGUUCUUGGAGCCUUUUUAUGACACUACCAACUUGAUAUCGGGAUCUUCUUAUCCUACAUCAAAUUUGUAUUUUAUGCAAGUUUGGAAGAUUGAAGCUUUAUUGAAGGAAAACUUGAUAACUGAAGAUGUGGUGAUUAGUGAUAUGUGUAGAAGGAUGAAGGAAAAAUUUGAUAAAUAUUGGAGACAAUAUAGCAUGGUGCUUGCAUUUGGGGCUAUCCUUGACCCACGAAUUAAAUUAUCAAUGUUGGAGUAUUUUUAUGGGAAGGUUGAGAGUGAUUCUACUAAAUGCCAAGAGAAGGUGUCACUUGUGAGAACAAAACUAUACACACUUUUUGAGCAAUAUUCAAAUGCUAAUAAGUCAAGUCCUUCCCAACCACAUUCUUCUUCUAUCAUUACACCUACAUCUACACAAGGUGGUGGAGGAAUUAAAAGUAAGGGUAAAAGAAUCUUUGAUGAAAUUAAAGCAUUUGAGAGCCAAUCAAUUACAAGUGCGGGAAAAUCUCAAUUGGAUCUUUAUUUGGAGGAGCCAAAGCUUGAAUUUGCACAUUAUGAAGAUUUGGAUGUGUUGGAAUAUUGGAAGAAUCAUAAGCAUAGGUUCCCAAUUCUUGCAUUAAUGGCAGGUGAUGUCUUAGCUAUCCCAAUAACAACUGUUGCAUCUGAAUCGGCCUUUUCUAUUGGUGCUCGUGUGCUCAACAAAUAUAGAAGUUGUACCCUUCCCGAAAAAGUACAGGCUCUCAUUUGCACACGUAAUUGGUUGCAUGGUUAUAACAUUGAUAAUGAAGAUGAAGCAAAUACUAAAUCAACUACAUCCAGUGAGGGUUCAAAUAUUGUUGAAGUUAUUGAUGAAGAUAGAAUGGAAGGAGGAAAUGGAGAAGAGGAAAAUUUGAAUGAGUUAAUUUAA